AAAACAAAUCCGGUAUUUUUUUCAAUAACCCUGGGUGAUGUUAGAAGUUAAGUUGUUUCCACCCACCGUAAUGUAGCAGGAGUCAGACCUCCUUGUACACAUGAAUCAGCAUUUGUUGUGCGUUAAUCUAGGGGAAACACAUGUGGGUCAUACUGUGUCACUCCGUGAUCUUUUAAACUGACCGUCUGACCGUUUCACUGAGGAGCGACGGAAAUCGAUCUUCAAGAUGUCCACAGACUGGGCUGGGUAUGGUUACGCUGCCCUUGUUGCUUCUGGGGGAGUAUUUGGUUAUGUCAAAGCAGGUAGCGUGCCCUCCCUGGCUGCAGGUCUUCUCUUUGGCAGCUUGGCUGGCGUUGGUGCCUACCAGAUGUCUUGUGACCCAGGCAAUAUCUGGCUGUCCCUAGCCACCUCAGGAACCCUGUCUGGAAUCAUGGGAACGCGUUUUCUAAAGUCCAGGAAGUUCAUGCCUGCUGGACUCAUAGCAGGAGUGAGUCUCCUGAUGGUUGGAAGGCUUGGGGUGGCUCUGUUGCAGAACCGUGACGGGAGCCAGUGAAGCUGUGUUUGCAGAUCAGGAUCUCCACCAUUACUUUUGUAAAAAAAAAAAAUGAAUAAAAUAAUUUAAAAACA